AUGGAUAUAAGACAAUUGCGACCCGCCGACAUCCCCCAUGUCCAACAGACUAACAUCACGAACUUACCCGAAAACUACUUUUGCAAAUACUACCUUUAUCAUGCUCUAAGUUGGCCUCAACUCAGUUUUGUCGCUGUGGAUAUAUUGCAAAAGUAUUACCGACUGACGGUGGACCUCCAGGUAUCGAGACCAAAGAAGACACCAUACGAUGCACCAAAGAUCGUGGGAUAUGUGUUAGCGAAGAUGGAAGAGGAUCCAGCAGAUGGUAUACAACAUGGCCACAUCACAUCCCUUAGCGUGAUGAGGACACAUCGAAGAUUAGGCCUAGCCGAGAAGCUCAUGCGGCAGAGUCCACUGGCACUGUACCGAGAUACUCUAGGAUUCAAGCAGGGUGGAGUCGAAGAGAAGUACUAUGCAGAUGGCGAGGACGCAUACAGCAUGAAGAUGGACUUGGACUAUCUUCGAGACGAGGCACUGGACGAGGAGUCGGAUGAGGAGGAUACAGUAGGCAAGGACGAGGGUGGCGAGGUAGGUAGUGCUGGCAAGGCUGGCGAGGGUGCUGACGGAGCGAAGAAGGAGAAGGAAAAGAAGCGGAAAGUACGGGUUGGGAGAGGCUUGGGUGUGGGUGAACUAGUCGAGCGGAAUGAGAGCACGAAAGAUACGAACGGAUCAUCAUAA